UCACAUUUCUACUACACAGAUGACCCAGUUUUAACAGUCUAAUUACAAGAAAUGAUGUACCUACUAGAAAGACCACAGAGGUCAUUUUGACCGUUCAUAGAUUAUUUGCACAUGAGUUCAAUACACAAAGUACAAUAAUACAAUACUACAUAAAUAAUAAUGAUAAUACUACAAAAUAAAUAGAUGUGUAAUGUGAAUAUAGGUGAUAUUAAAAAGGAAUAAUAGACCAACAAAAAUGGGAGCAGCUGUUAAAAUUACAGACAAUAUUCCUUUAAGGUCAUAUGGGAUCGUAAGAGGGGAGGAGUAUGUGCCUGCAAAGGCGGAGCAUCACUACACCAUUUACAGCAAAAUGAAACUUAUAAACACAGUUUACUUCGUGGAAAAGAAACACACAGCAAACAGUUCAGAGCUUCUACAACCAAGAAGAUUUAAAAGCUGAAAUGGCUUCAUCCAGUGAUUUCCUGUCUGAAGAUCAAUUCGCGUGUUCCAUCUGUCUGGAUGUCUUCACCGAGCCUGUUUCUAUCCCAUGUGGACACAAUUUCUGCAAGGCCUGUAUAACAAGACACUGGGAGAACAAAGCCCAAUGUCAGUGUCCACUGUGCAGCGAGAAGUUCAAAAAAGGGCUCAAACUCUGUGUCAACACUGGUUUCAGGGAGGUUGUGAACAAUUUCAAGAAGCACGGUGUCAGCAAUAAAAAUGAUGUCCUCGUCAAACCGGGACAGGUGCCAUGUGAUUGUUGCACUGGCAACAAAUUCAAAGCCUUCAAAACCUGUUUGGUGUGUUUGGCAUCUUAUUGUCAAACACACUUAGAGCCACAUCAGAGAGUUGCUGCAUUGAAGAAACACAAACUGACCGAUCCUGUGCAGAACCUGGAGGCCAAUGUAUGCAAGAAACACAACAAGAUGCUCGAGCUUUUCUGCAGAAAUGACCGGAGUCGUGUUUGUGCUCUGUGCACAGAACAUAGAGGUCAUGAUACAAUCCCUCUGGAGGAGGAGUAUGAGGAGAAGCAGGGUGAGCUGGAGCAGAAAAAGAUGGAAGUAAAUGGGAUGAUUCAAGAGCGACAAAAGAAGAUUCUGGAGAUAACAGAAGGGCUGGCCAAAAAGAGGGAACAAAACAAUGAGGCAAAUGGAAAUAGUGUUCAGGUCUUCACAUCUUUGAUAGUCUCUAUGCAACAAAAUCUCUCUGGGCUGGUGAACGCUUUUGAGGAGAGGCAGAGAGCUGCAGAAAAACAGGCUGAUGUUCUUGUUGUAGAGCUUCAGAGGGAAAUCAUGGAGCUCCAGAGGAGCCUCACCAAACUGCAGAAGAUCUCAAAGACUGAAGACCAUCUCCAGCUCAUCAAGCGCUUCCUGUCCAUCACAUCUACGUUUCCACUCACCAAGGACUGGUCUGAAGUCAGUAUCAGUGGACAGCACUGUGUGCAGGAUCUGAAGAGAGCAAUAGUACAGCUGCAGGUGACUCUCGCCAAAGAGGUGCAGCGAGCUGGUCAAGACUUUAGAGCUUGCUAUGAUGAAUUCCUUGCUGAAGAAACUAGUGAGGAUAAGAAAAUGGUACACACAGAUCUGGAGAACCUGCCUGAAGGCAUCAAGCUGGACAUAAUCCGGCAGCAGUACACAGUAGAUAUGACAUUCGACCCAUGCAGUGCAAAUGAUUUACUCGUAUUUUCAGAGGAUUUCAAAGCAGUGCAAACUCCCCAUAUUGUGUGGGUAAAUGGAAGCCCCCAAAAAUUCAACAGGCAUGCCUACGUCUUGGGAAAAAGGGGAUUUUCAAGAGGGAGAUUUUAUUACGAGGUUCAGACUGCAAGGAAGACCGGCUGGGAUUUAGGCAUAGUCAGAGAGUCACUGCGUGGGAUGAAGACAAUCAUACCAAACCCCAGGACUGGAGUGUGGGUCAUAAGGCUGAGGAACAACACCAAAUUCACAGCUUUAAAUAAUGUCCAUGUCAACCUGAACAUGUCAGAGAAACCAAACAGGGUCGGCGUGUUUGUAGAUUAUGAGCAGAGACUGGUGUCCUUCUAUGAUGUGGACACUGUAACUCUGCUCUACUCUUUCACUGACUGCCUAUUCAGUGGUAAAAUCUACCCAUUCUUUAGCCCCGGCCUCCCCGAGGAUGGUGUAAAUGGUGGUCCACUGGUCCUCUCACCAGACAAAAAGGAAGACAAGAAGUCAAACAAGAAGGAAAACAAAGAGGAAGACAAAAAGUCAGACAAGAAGGAAAACAAAGAGGAAGACAAAACGUCAGACAAGAAGGAAGACAAAACAUCAGUGUUUUUCGACUGGAGUUUUGUUGUUAUUUUUCUGGCUUGGAUUUCCCUGAUUACAUAUCACAUCAUCUUUAACAAGGGCUGAAAUAUAUUGAUUUCUACAAAGAAUCGUGGAUAUUUGUGAAAGCCAAGCAGUGCAACACGUCGACAGUGAAAUCAGUUCUUUUUUGUUGUUUUGUUUUUAUUGGAUAUAAUGUACCCUGUUUAUUUUUCACCCAUAACAUAACAUGUUUUUCUUGUAUUAAUCAUUGGUGAAUGUACAUGCUUAGUCACUUUAUCAUGAUAUACCAUAUGUAGUAAUUCAAUCACACUAGUAAAUCACAAUAGAGGUCAUAGAGGUUGUUCAUUUGACUAUACUUGCUUGCUCACUUGGUGUUGAAUUAACUGUAUCCAGUGCACAAUUUACAUAAACAUUUAUUCUAUGAUUAAACAUGACGAUUGGUGUCAUUGCUGAAAUGAAUGAACCACUCUGAAUAUUCAGAUUACGCCCUGAAGACACUCACCUUCUUCACUACCUUCCUAAAACCCAUAGAUUCAUGUUCAUUCAUGUUUCUGCCCAUUGUCAGUUGGACUUGACAUCUCUCAUUCUCCACAUAAAAAUGUCAGUUUCUUUUAAUUUAGGAUUUUAAUAGUUGUUUGGGUGAAGUCUAACCUGGAUCUGGAUCUUUGUCUUUCUUCAGUUUCUGCCUACACUGUUUAAAUAAUUGUAUGGUGAUUACGACCACAGGACAGGCCU